AUGGGCUGCUGCCAAGACAAGGAUUUUCAGACCUCGGAUGAUCAGGGCAAGGAUGGCGGGUCUGAGGAAAAUGGGGAAGGUGGGAUUAGGCCGGAGGUGCCCCGUAGGGACCACCCAGGAGGUUGGAUCGGGUAGGGUGGGGCUAAGCUUGGCCUCAUCGCCCCCGUAAUCGCCCCAGCAACCGAUUUGGAUUCCCCAGGCCGCCAGAAUCGCAGGUCUAACGAAAGUCUUCUGAUCACCGUGCUGUGGAGGCGGCUAUCUAUGUUCAGUCGUCGGGGUUCCUCGCGGUCAACAAAGAGGCAUUCAGACCAUAUUCAAAGGCCGGGGAAGCCAAUAGAGGACAUCCAGGAUGAGCCGGAGAAGGGGUGAACUCAAACCUGCUCUCAGUGCGCCCCAGCCUCCAGAGAAUAAAAUUUCUAAUGCGGGCCUGCCGGAGCACUGGUGCCUCUACAGCCCGCUUUGGGGGCCGCGGGCUCUUUAAGGCUCCUCCCCCGAGGCUGGUUCAGUCCCCUGGGC